AUGGCAUCAGUAGAUUCAACAAUUGUUCGUGUUGUUGAUAAUAUAAAAAAAAGUGAUAGUGACUCAUGGAAUUAUCGUGGGUUAGAACUUUCAAAUGAGAUGCUUGUUGUACUGAUAAGUCAUCCAAAUAUUGAUAAAGCAGCUGCUGCACUUGGUGUUUCAAUCGGUAAGUUAGCUGAUCCAAGAGAUGUUCCUGGUGUUGCUCAUUUUCUUGAACAUAUGCUUUUUAUGGGUAGUUCGAAAUAUCCAGGUGAGAAUGAAUAUUCAAAAUUGAUAGAAAGAAAUGGUGGCCGUUCCAAUGCUUUUACUACUGAUGAUCAUACAAAUUAUUAUUUUGAUAUUAAUCCAAGUUUAUUACCCGAAGCACUUGAUGCUCUUGCACAAUUUUUUAUUUUACCACUUUUUUCUGUCUCAUCUAUCGAUCGGGAAAUAGAAGCAGUUAAUUCUGAAUAUGAAGGAAAGUUAUCUGACGAUGUACGGCGUGUUUGUCAAUUAGCAAAAUCGACAUCAGAUCCUCAACAUCCCUAUUCACGAUUUGGAAGUGGUAAUAGUGAAUCAUUAAGAACAACACCUAAACAACGUGGUAUUGAUAUUCGACAAGUACUUUUGGAUUUUUAUAAAGCUGAAUAUUCAUCAAAUCGAAUGAGCUUAGCUAUACUUGGCAAUCAAUCACUUGAUGAACUUCAAUCGUUUGUGAUGAAAAGUUUUAAUGAUAUUCCAAAUAAAAAAUUAGAACGAGUCAAAUAUCCUGCGGAUCCAUAUGGUGAAAGUACACGAAAAACAAUUUGUUACGUUGUUCCUGUUGAAGAACGUCGUCAUUUAAGGAUACAUUGGGUUAUAUCUGAUCAUAAAGAUGUAUAUUAUUGUAAUCCUGAAUCAUAUCUUUCACACUUGAUUGGACAUGAAGGCGAUGGUUCAUUAUUAGCAUAUUUAAAAAAGUUGGGCCUUGCUACUGAAUUGGCAUCUGGAGAAAAAUAUGUUGCACCUGGUUUUAAUUUUUUUACGGUCAAGUUAGCAUUAACAAUCGAAGGAUUAAGUCGAUGGGAAGAAAUUAUUUAUAUUGUUUAUCAAUAUAUAGCUAUGUUACGAAAAGAAGGGCCAAAAAAAUGGAUUUUUAAUGAAUGCAGAAAUUUAAAAGCAAUGCAUUUUCAAUUUCGUGAAAAAGAACCAGCAAAUGAUUUUGUCUCAAGUUUAGCGCGUCAAAUGAGGGAUUAUCCAUUAACUGAAUGUCUUUCGGGACCUUAUGAAACAUGUAAAUUUCGUCCAGAUUUAAUAAUUGAAGAACUUCAUGAAUAUUUAAUUCCAAGUAAAAUGCGAGUAUUUCUUGCAAGUAAGGAAUUUACGUCGAUUGCAACAGAAAAAGAAAAAUGGUUUGGUACACAUUAUAAACAAGAACACAUACCCGAAAAACUUAUUAAACGCUGUGAAAAACUUAUUAAGCCUCGUAGUACCAGCCGGGAUCAUUUUAUCCCGUUCUCUUGUAUACGUAUACAGCGAAAGAAGAAGGCUCGUACUACCCGGGUUAAACGUAGUGAAAGACGUAAACUUAAUCCUGACCUUCAUUUACCAAAACCAAAUGAAUUUAUUCCAACUGAUUUUCAAUUAUUUUCAAACAAAGAACAUUCCGCACGACCACAACUACCAAUAAAAAUAAAAGAAAAUGAAUUUUGCCGACUUUUUUAUGGUGAAGAUACAUUUUAUAGAUUACCUAAAGCAUAUCUUUAUUUUGAAUUACGAAAUCCGUUAGGAAGUGUAGAUCCAUUACAUUGUAAUAUGAAUCGACUUUAUGUUGAACUAGUUGAAGAUUCUUUAACUGAAAUUGUUUAUCCAGCCCAACUUGGUGGAUUAUAUUAUAAAUUAUAUAAUUUCGAUUAUAGUAUAGAGUUAAAUGUAUAUGGAUUUAAUCAUAAAAUCAAACAAUUACUUGAGACGAUUAUUGAUCGCAUGGUGAAUAUUAAAGUUAACCCUCAACGAUUUGAAAUAAUAAAAGAAAAACUUAAACGAUCAUUACAAAAUUUUCGUCGCACUGAUCCUGAUGAAAUGGCAGACUAUGGUGUUACAUAUUUAAUAGCUGAACACCAAUGGAAUAAAGAUGAAUUACUUAGUUGUAUUGAUGGUAUUACAGUACAUGAUCUAGAUUCAUUUAUAACACGAAUGUUAACUCGUUUUUUUACGAAUUCAUUAAUGUAUGGAAAUUUAACAAAAGAUCAUGCACUUGAAUAUAUGAGUUUAAUUGAACAAAAAUUUCAAGAAAAACGUUUUUAUCAACCACUUUUUCCCAGUAUGUGGUUUAAUCAACGUGAAUUAAUAUUAGCAGAAGGUUGUAAUUAUGCAUAUACAAUGCUUAAUGAUGGUCAUAAAUUACAUGCUAUUGAAAUAUAUUUACAAUGUUUUGAAGAAACACUUGAAAAUAAUGCUUUACUUGAUUUAUUUUGUCAUUUUUUUCAUGAACCUUGUUUUGAUCAGUUAAGAACAAAAGAACAAUUAGGUUAUGUUGUUAGUUCUGGUGCAUGUCGUUCACUUGGUGGUGUACAAGGUUUUGCAGUUAUUGUACAAUCGGCUAAAAAACUUGAUCAUGUUAACCAACGGAUUGAAUUAUUUAUUGAUUCAAUAAGAGAUUAUAUUUCGAAUAUGCCUGAUGAUGUAUUUAAAAAACAACGCGAGGGUUAUAUGCCAUUACAAGGAACAAAUGAUAAAAAACCUAUUAUUGACAAAGAAAAUACUGAAACAAUAAUUGCAGGAGCUGUCGAGCAUACUGAUAAAUUAACUGAACAACCGCCUAUUAUUGAUACAAUAACUGAUAAAGAUUCUUAA